UUAAUUGUAAAAAUACAGUUUUAUUUGUGUAUAGUGCUACAAUAAUUUGUAUAAAGUAAUUUUAUAAACUAAAUUUUAGUUUUUGUACGGUAAUUAAAUAUAUUUAAAUAAAAAAAAUGGGUCGAAAAAAGAAGAAGAUGUCAAAGCCAUGGUGCUGGUACUGUAAUCGUGAAUUUGACGACGAAAAGAUAUUAUUACAACAUCAAAAAGCAAAACAUUUUAAAUGUCACAUAUGCCAUAAAAAAUUGUAUACGGGUCCGGGUCUAUCUAUACAUUGUAUGCAAGUGCAUAAGGAAGCUAUAGACAAAGUUCCAAAUUCGUUGCCAAAUCGUUCGAAUAUUGAAAUAGAAAUAUAUGGAAUGGAGGGUAUACCACCAAAUGAUCUUAAAGAGCAUGAACGACAAAGGUCUGGAGGUGGCAGGGAUUCUGGUAGUGAAGAUGAUGAACCAGCUCCUAAAAAAACAAAACCAGAAGGUUUAUUGGGCACUGCUCCUGGGCCAUUACCAUCUGCAGCAGGUAUGAUGACAGGAAUGAUGCCCCCUAUGCCUAUGGGACCUAUGGGGCAAUUUCCGCCACAUAUGCCACAUCAUAUGAUGGGGCACAUGGGUCCUCCUUUUAUGGGUCAUCCUGGGUUACCGAUGAUGGGACCACCAAUGAUGGGUCCUGGUGGUCCACCUGGUCCUCCUAAACCUCUAUUUCCUAGUGCGGCACCAUCUACAGCCGCUUCAUCGCCUGGCAUGCCUUCAGCACCUGUUGGAGCUGAUUUUAAACCACUUACGACACAAGCACCAACGUUUAGUAGUGCGACAAUAAGUGCACCACCAACCACGAACAAUGGUGAUACAAAUAAGGGUACAAAUCUUAUAGCAACAACGGGUGCAGCUAGUAAAAUAAUUCAUCCACAAGAGGAUGUAUCGUUAGAAGAAUUAAUGGCAAGAAUGCCAAAAUAUCAAAAAUCAGUGCCUGCCAAAAAAGAAACAGAGUCCCCAAGACAACAAAGUACGCCAACAUCCGAACAACAAGCAGCAGUGAAUGCUGCUCACCAAAAACAAGCUGAUGAUCUCAAUCGUGCUGUGUUAAUGCACCAACAACGUUUUCCAGCACGUCCACCUGGUGUUCCAUUUUCAAUGGGUAUGCCGGUCUCAAUGGCCGGUGGUCCCGCCACAACAAUGGCUUUAAUUAGUCCAAUGAGGCCGACAAUGGCACUUGCACAUCAUCCUGGUCUUAUUCAUGGAGGUAAUUUGAUGAGGCCACCCCCAAUGGGGCUACCACCAGGUCUGAUCGGAAUGCAUCCAGGUAUGGUAGCGUAUGGAGCUCCAAUGUUUCCAGGUGGUCCCAUGUUAGCACCCAUGAUGCAGCCGAGAUUUAGAUGAUCACCUGCCCCUUCGGGGGCCCUCUGGUUACUAUACUCAGGGCCAUGAAAAUUUAAAACAAUGUUGCAAAAAGAAAAUUUAUUGGCCCUACAAUACAAAUAUAAAUACAUAGUCCAUUAUUUAUAUGAAAAUAAUUUCGACGUCAAAAAAUAAC